CUUUUUCAACUCGCACGUACAGUCAACCUCAGUAGCAUUCCCCCACAAGGGGUUUACCUUUUGAUACCUGUAUCCGAGCUCUUGAAAGUAUUGCAAGUCUUUAGCAGUCAUUUCUUUCUCGACACUUGAAGAGAAACCAUGACUAAAAAAGCCAGCAAACUCAAACAGUCAAGGUCUCCUUCAUUUCCUGAAAACUCCGUAGAGGACUUGAAUCCUAUCUCUGAGCCACGAUCUGACCAGCAACAGUUUGGAGACAAUAGAGGGGCAUAUGCUGACCUUUUUUCUGACAUUAACACUCAAAAUCUGAACCCAUAUGAAACCACCGUUUAUAAGCGCUUGCGCAACCACAAGAAGCGGUUGACUCGAAUUGAGGCAAAUAUGGAACGUAUGAGCAGUGAUCCAUCAAAAAAAGAUACCAUGCAAAUGGAGCAGCUCGUAGCCAUUGAGAGGAAGCAAGAGCAUAUCGCAGUAAUGAUGGAGCUGAGGAACUUGUUGAAGUCCAUGAAAGAGCAGCGUGUGAAAAGCACAGCUGCGUGUCCAAUCCAAGGACACAUUCCAGAAGAACUAAAAAAGGAUACAGCUGUUAAACUCAUGGACAAUCCUACUUUAAACCAGUGUAUUUUGCUGAUUCGCAUUUUUUCUGCGUCGAGUCGACUUAAAAAGGUUGACGCCAAAACAUCUCUGGUUCUGGAUAACUUAUGUAUACACCUUGCUAUUAUCGCUAAAGAGGCCAGUCAGAGUGAUAGCCAAGGGGCGCAGAGAAUGCUGCAAGACAUCAUUUAUAAGCUGGGAAAUGGUAGUGAAGAUCCUGUGGACUGGGAUAAUUCAAUCACAUAUUUGGAUGUUAUCAAAGAGGUCGAUCGUAUGAGUGUGGAAAAAGAUGAAAGACUCAGUUCAGAGACAAAGGUUCAGUUACCAACAAAGGGGCUAUCACCAGAUAUUGAGAGUGCUGGUCAAGGUCUUUCAUCGGCCCAAGUCUUUGAUUGGAGCCCCGACAAUGAUGUUGCUGCAAUUUCACUUGUCAAGGGUGAUGAAGUGCCUUACACGAGUCUUCAAAGCUCAAUACAAGAGACCCAUUCAAUAACAAUGUCGCCUUUGGCGUAUGAUACAGUAGGUUUAAUUCCUGAUAUGGGAAUACGCGUUUCUAUUCAAGCAGAACCUGCAGUUACCGUUCAACAUUUAGCAUACAGUUUGUACAAUAUGAGCGACACUCAACAUCUCGAACCUGUAUCCCAACUGGACUCGUAUCAACAGGAAAUAAUCCUUAAGGUGCAAACACCACAGCCGUUUUCUAUCGUUCCUGACACGCGAAUUUGUAACUCUCCACUUAUGACUGAACAAGUGGAUCUUCAUACUGCUAAUCGAAAUGGCAACAACAAUAGUGUUUUUGUACAGCACAAGUUAAGUGCUAGAGAGUUGGCUGACGAAGACUUUCAAAGCAAAAAACGUAUCGAUUACCCUAUUCUUGGAUUCAGACCAGAGGAUCAGCGGAUCACCCCAGCACUUCACAGUCUAAAGGGACAGAGUCCUAAUCAAUACAUCUCUCAGGUUGACAACCAUCAGGAAAAGGCUUUAUAUGAAGAUAGAUGCUCCAACUCCUCAGCUAUUCCAUCUAGCGGCCAAAGUAGCCAGUCAUCAGCACAGGCGACGCAGCAAUACCAGUUGUACCAGAUACAGGGCCACUCACAACAUGGUCGCAAUCGAGGAGCUGAGGUUGUUUCAGAGCAUAUUGAAUUGAGUCAUGAGCACAUCUUACUUUCCAACCCUCAGCAGCCCUCGUUUCCAAUGAUCGUCAAUGCCUCUCCCAUGCUGCAUUCUGGCCAAUAUCAACAUGGACAUCUGUCUCCAACUGCCACUCAUAUUCAUGCACAGAUACGAACUUCACCGCAAGCGCUACCCUCACAAUCUCAGUCACUAUCGCGUGUGCAUGUUCAGCCAUAUUUACACCAACAAUACUACCAAUACGCGCACUAUUACCACCCAGGUUACUCUAUGGGUUAG